AUGUCAGCUCCAGGUCACCAGCAGGAUGGCUCUGGGAUGGCAAAGGCCGCUCUGCCCCUGCGGUCACGACGACGCAUCAAACUGGCUCUACUCUUGAUUGCAGCUGUUUCACUCUACACUGUCUUUUAUCUCGGUCAUUUCCCGACAUCCAAGGAUUAUGGACAGUUUUUCUCAUCUGGCAUCUCUAAGGAAGGAAUAUCUGGGAAGCAGAGAAAUGCGACGUUGCAAGCUCGUGCGGAGGAAGUCAAGAUGGCCUUCCGAAGAGGGUAUGGCCAAUACUUGCGACAUAGUUAUCCCCGAGAUGAGCUCCGACCACUCUCAAAUGAAUCUAUCGACAACUUCAACGGUUGGGGAGUUACCGUCGUUGACUCAAUAGAUACCAUGUUCUUGAUGGGACUGACGGAAGAGUACGAACACGCACGCAGCCAUGUCGCCACAACAGACUUCCAAACCUGCAAAGGUGGGGUUGUACCUUUCUUCGAGACCAUCAUUCGCUACCUCGGAGGCUUGCUCAGCGCGUACCAUCUUACGGAGGAUCAGACAUUUCUCUCUGCCGCCGAUCAUAUUGGAAGGGAACUCUUGCCUGCCUUCAAUACCACAUGGAAGCUUCCCUCAUUUUCGGUAGAUCUGGUAACGCGCACACCGCAGUGGGGCUGGUCUGGGAGGACUAUUCUACUGUCCGAGGCAGCGAGCAAUCAAAUGGAGUACAAGUACCUUGCUCAUCUCACCGGCCAUGCAGAGUACUUCCAAAAGUCCGACCAAGUCACACGCUUCUUGCAAAAGAAACUAGGAGGUUAUGGGCUCUGGAACACAAUGUGGGAUGCUAUGUCUGGCCUUCCAAGCAAUGCGGCGUGGUCCAUUGGCGCUUUAGGCGACAGUGCAUAUGAGUAUCUCCUCAAAGCCUAUAUUAUGUCUGGAAGAACAGAGAAGUACCUUCUUGAGAUAUACAUCAAGUCGAUGAGGGGAGCUGUCAACCGCCUCGUGUACCUCUCGCGCACGAGGCAGUUGCUGUACAUUACAGAAGUAGUAGAGAAGCGUCCUCAGGGCACUAUGCAACAUCUGAGUUGCUUCUUCCCUGGUUUGCUUGCUCUCGGGGAUUACUUGCUUCAAGAUUCAGACUUCCUGCCAGGAGAGAGGGAAAAGUUUAGAUUUGCAGCAGAAGGACUCGCUUACACCUGCUGGAUCCUGUAUGCAGACCAAAUCACCGGCCUUGGACCCGAAGAAGUCCGGUUCCAUCCAUACAAUGGCGACGACGAUUACCAGUCCGGGCGUUGGGUUCACCAUCUCGAUAGAUGGAAAGCAAAGGGACGAAAGGGUCUACCUCCUGGUCUACGGAAACCACCUCCGCUUAGAGGGAAGACUGGCAAACAUAAAGACUAUGACUAUGCAAAUGCGGGUUAUUUGCUGCGACCCGAGGCAAUCGAGACAAUGUAUAUCAUGUGGAGAACCACAGGUGAUGUCGUCUGGCGUGAACGAGCAUGGAAGAUGUUUGAAGCAAUCAACACAAAUACGACUGUCGAUGGGGGUGCAUUUGCCAGCCGUUCGCAUGUGGAUAUCGAGGAAAAGUUGAUGAGAGAUGAGUCUCCAAGCUACUUUUUCGCAGAGACACUGAAGUACGCCUACUUGGCCUGUUUAGAAGACGAUCCACUACCCCUGGAUCAAUACGUCUUCAACACCGAAGCGCACCCAUUGCCUAUAUUCUCCUGGACUCAGGAGCAGAGAGAACGAUUUGGUGUCUGA